UGAUUAUUUUCCGCGUCGAUAACCGAGUCGCUAAGUUAGCGACUCACGGAUAACGACUGAAUUCUAACGACGUCCUUUAGCCGAGCGAUUAUAUACAUCGAAUUCCGCUGAUCGUUACUCAUCGUUCGAUAACUUAGCGUCGUUAAGUUAACGAUUUGGAUCCCGACGUUGCCAACGUGAAAGAAAAUAAUAGACCAUUAAUGAACCAAUCAGAGAGCGUUUAUGAUUCAAGCAGCGCUCCAACUGCGCGGCGGCGUAAGUUGAAAACAACACGGUUCCCCUAACCUCUUUUCUUCACGUCACGCGGGUUUGUUGUUGUUUACGUUUACAGUGUUCGAAUUUCCUUCGUUUUGUGAGUGUGAUUUUCAUUAUGAAGACUAGCAGCAGUAAAAGUAAAAAAACCAACAAUAAGGCAGCUGUAGCUGGUGAAAAGAAACAAAGGAUAAGGAUUAAGGAAAAACAGAAGAAAAUCCUCUUAGACUUCAUGAUUAAUCACUCUAUUUUUGCCAAGAGUGGCCUGCCUCCCGGCAAGCAGGCAGGAGAGCAUGCUAGCCAUAUGUGGAAGCAGCUAGUCGAUAUGCUAAAUGCUCACGGUCCCAAAAGGACACAGAAGCAAUGGCAAAAGACUUGGACUGAGUGGAAAUUGAGAGUCAAAAAAAAGGCAGCUGCCCUUUUUUUCAAGAAAACAGGAAACAUAACUCCGGCAGAUACUAUUAACUCAGAAUCGGAGGAUGAGCUAGAUGAUUCAUCCCACACCACUGGUUUAUCUCCGUUAGAAGAGCAAAUUUACCAACUUUGCGGCUCUCAGGACUUUAUCGGAGCAGGAGAAUCUGCAGAGAUAGGCCUCAGCACAGCAAGAGCAUCUGAAGUCCAGCCAUUUGACCCAAAUAAUAUAGAAAAUGCAACCGUUGAAAUUGCCGGACAAGGUGAGCUCAACUCUGGUGAGAACGAAGAUCUUGACAGCGGUUGGAAUGAAGGAUUUGACUCUUCUGAAAGUGAAGCUGACAACACAAGAGAUGAAGUGGUAAUGGAAGUCAAUGAGAGUGACGAAUUGCCAAUUUUUGUCAUUGCUGAGAAACCUGCAGCACAAGAUACGAAAAGUAGUAAAACCAAAUCUGUAGCAAAGAAGAGGAGCUCCGACCCUAAAUCUGGGAAGGAAUAUAAGGAAAAGAAGGGCCGCAUGGAUAAGAGCACUGCUAACGAGACAACAGCAGCUUACGUUGCAGAAUGUUCAGCAAUGACACAAGCAUUGAAAGAUUGCACAGAGGCUUUGAAAUGCCAUACUCAAGCUAUUCUGCAGACAUCGCCUCAAGUCAUAUCAGCCAUGAACAAUUUAGCCCAGUCAUUUACUGAUUUAGCUGACGUCAUGAAGAGAGAUGUACUUUGAAUGAAGUCAACAAGUCCUCAAUGUGUGAUGAUUUGUGCAACUAUUUAUCGGAUUUCUUUUCUUGAUUUAGUUAUCCUAGUAUUCAUGAAAGUAUUUAUUAUUCUGUGAUUUUUCUCUGUAUCAUUUGGCGCAUGCAGUUGAAUGUAGGUGGUAGACGCCCCUUGAUUGUGUAUCAAAAUUCUGCUUGACAUGACUGCCAUCAAAAUGUUUUUCCCAACCAAGACAAAAGUGGAAGAUAUGAAAACUCUUUGGAGUCUCUGAAGUAUUCUUCGCUCAUUAUUAAUUCAAUUUUUUUCUCUCUGACUCCUAUAAUGUACAUAUUAUUGUUUAUUACUAAAGGUAUGUCCUUCAUAUUACUUUCUAAUAGAUCAAGAAUCUAAAGGUUUCAUUUUAUGUUUUUCUCAUUAGUUCUGAUACUUGGCAGCUCAGGUAAAAAAAUUUGGAUAUUGAAGCAGCGCUUCAGUUUUCGCUCACAAGUUUGUUACCUCUACGGAGGGACUCUUUCCUCUCUCAAAGCAAAAAGGUGUAAGACAUGUAAAUAAAAUAAUGGUUUCCGCAGGAACCAAAAGCUCAGAAAUUAUUGAGCAAAGGAAAACAAUGCCUCGUCGUGCUCUCUAAGUCUUUCUUUAUUCUCUGUGAUAAUUUACACUCCGUACUGAUAGUAGACCAAGAUGUGUUCUUUAAAGUUUUUCAUACUUUAACAAUAUUUUGUAGUGAUAUUUGUAGGUUUAAGUCAACUUUGGUUCUCGUUAGUACUUAAUUUGAGUAAGUUACCCAAGGCCUUAGUAUAUAUAUAAUUUCCUAGACCAAUGAUUAAGUUCUUACAAUGGUACACCUAUUAUUUUCGACUUCCCAAUUUUCACUCAUUCAACAAAUCCUUAGGAUUUGUUGAAUGAGUGAAAAUUGGGAACCUAUAAUAUUAAGAAAAUUCCAACUGCGGAACAUUGCGUCUCUGCUUUGCUUGUUAUAAAAUUAUCAACAGUAAUGUUGUUUGGCCAAACAACCUUUUUCAGGUUAUUUGUUGGGAUUUGCAGGAGGAGCAAAACUAAAAAACUGAGAAAGAAAGAAGAAGAAAAAACAAAAAACCUGAGGUACCAGUACCAAAUUUAUGUUUAAUUUCAGAUAGAUUUUUGUUAUUUUUUCCUAGCCCCACAAAAGGGCUCAUUAAGAGUCAUUUUUUUUUUUUCAUUUCUACUUUGUACUAUUUACCAUUGUUAUUCAUUAUAUAUCGCUCUGUUUUCUUGCACUUAUGAAACGUGUUACCUCGGUAGUCACAGAAGACUCGAGUUUAUUUCUUAAUUUUUCUGAAUAUUUGAUCCCUUGUUUUGUUCACAUUUCGUUUAAAUGCUCUUUCCAAAUUACUGACCAAUUCUACAUGUUGAGUGCUUUUAUGUACCAAACAAAACUUGUAGCUUUUGUUAGUCAUAUUUGUUUUGUUAAUUGUUUUUUCCUCCUCACGUUUGUAACGUAGUUCUAACUUGUGCAAAUGAUGCAAAUAUGUUUCUUCAAAGGGUCAAAUAAAUAAAGUCUUUAUUUUCAAUGUUA